CUUCCAGCAGCACAGAUAGUGUUUAAAGAGUGUGUGUUUUGUGAGUGGCUUCCCCCCCUGCAACACUUCCAGGAGGAUUUACGACAGCAUGUUUUCAGCUGCCCUCAAAGGAAAUUCCACAUCAUCAGGUUGUGUUCCUGACCAAAACACCUCUGAGAGUCUGGGAACUACAGAGCUGUUGAGUGGAGAGGAUCCAACCGGCUCAGAGGCUUCGCAGGUGUGUGGAUCGCUGCAAGGCAGAGGAGCCAUGAACAGACACCUGGAGAGGAGGGAGCAGUUAAAGAGAUUGUCUGUUGAUAGCAACCUACCGGAAUACAUGGACGCCAACAAAUGCAUCGACGAGCUUCUCAAGCAGCUUGAGGAUGAGCGGCGUAAUGUCCGAAGGGAAAAGCUGGCCGUGGCUCGCCUGCAGAGGGAAGUCGCACGGAGCAAGAGUGAAGGAACAAUGCGAGAAAAGCUGAUCCACGAGCUAGAGGAAGAGCGACGCCUGCGACUGGAGAGCGAGAAGCGUCUCCGGGAAGUGACGGAGGAGUCGGAGCUGGGACAGGCGCAGAUGGUUUCACUGCAGCAGCAAUUCUCCAGGAUGGAAGAGACGGUGCGGACGCUGCUGCAGAACCAGGGCGUUGUGGAGCAGACUGCUGUGGACACUGUGGACAUCAUGAAGGCCUACAAGGAUAAACUCUCAGAGGAAGUGCGGAAACAGUACGAGGGCCUGGGAGAAAAUGGCUCCCCGCCGUCGAAUCCUACGGAGCUGCAACCAAACGAUCCUGACGUCGGCCAAUCAGAGGAGGACGAAGCCAAACCCCUUCUGGAACGCCUCACGGCCCUGGAGGAGAAGAACUCUUCCUUGGCCUCGGAGAACGAGAACCAGAGAGAGCAGUAUGAACGCUGCUUAGAUGAGGUUGCCAAUCAAGUGGUACAGGCGCUUCUCACCCAAAAGGAUCUCAGGGAGGAAUGUCUGAAGCUACGGACCCGAGUCUUUGACCUGGAGCAGCAGAACCGGGCUCUGGGGGUCCUGUUCCAGCAGCGAAUCAAACCUGCUUCAGACCUGCUUCUCCAGAAACUCCACUCAAGGAUCAUGGAUCUAUCUGCUGCAGAUUUGCUUCUGGAGCCAGAAAGAAGCAAGGCCUUCCUCCUUUCCAGGAACACAGAAUCCCCCUCCAGUGAGCUCCAGUGGAAUGGAAAGUCAGGUCUCCCUUUGGCCAAGUGUCUGAGCCAGCUGUCCCUCACAGCCCCCCCUGUGUAUCCCCGCAGCAGCUGCAGCAGCAGUGAGUUGUCCCUGUCGAGUGCCUGCAGUGAAUUCUCCAGCGGCUCCUACACCUGGAAUGAUGGACGCUCCUGUGGGAAAAUGUCAUCGCUGACCUGGGAGAAGAGGCUGAGUUUGGGUUCGUCAGCUCCGAGUAAUAUCUGCACCCCUCCGGAGGAGCCCACCAGGCGCAAGGAGAGCAACAUACUUCAGGGACUGAAAAAGCUCCAGAGGAGGAAGCACCGGAGCUCCUCCGCCUCAGCCAGGGUCUCCAAGUCAGGAGACAAAGACUGCAUGAACUCCAACGAGGGCAUCUACUCCCUGGGUGUCUUGGGUGGAAAUAAGGGGGUGUCCAAUCCCACCCAUGUGGGUAGAACUUCAGCCGUUGUGGGCAAGAAUUUCUCUUUUGAUUCUGAUGACGCUGAUGACGAAUUGGCAACUUCUUGUCGAGGAGAUAACAUCCCCACUAAGGACAACUGGUUUUACUCCAAGAAGCUUUCCCGCAGCAUAUCGGACAGUUUGUGUAGUUGGGAGGGGCUGCAGGACAGUGGAGGUGGGGGUGGAGGUGGAGGUGGGGGCGAUGGUAACUCAGGUCUCUUGGCUACAAAACACCUUUCUGGCUGUGAUUCAAAAGAACGUCCCGAGAAACUCAUGAGUUUCAUUAACAGUUUUCUUCCUGAGGGACGCCCCUCAGCUUUUAAAAAACCAUCCUUGCUGCACUUCAAGCCCCCUAACCCUCAGGGUCCCAUCCCCCUCUCUGAUGUGGAUGAUCCAGAGGAACUCAGCUCGGAGUCUAGUGACAUCAGAAUGUCCUUUAGCCAGACACCAGAGCGAGCAGUGAGGGACUCAAAGAGGGAGUCAAGAGACGCUGCCAAGAUGAUCGCGCAACAGUGCCUCCGAAGAGAGCAGGGACGCACCCAAUCAGCAGACGGGAGGCCCAGGCCUUUCUGCCUAUUGAAGGAGCCCAAAGGAUCCAUGUGUACUCAGUCUGAGGAGAGCCUCUUGUCGAUAUUCGAUGCAGAAGGAGAGCCUAUUGAACUUUCUUCUCAGAGUCUCACUGCUUGUUCAGGGCCACGAAACGGCAUUCAAAGUAGCAAAAUAGUCCCCGAUUACGCAGAAGUAGUGCCGCGGGAGAGACCGACAAGGCAAAAAUCUGCCAAUGCAAGAAACUACAGUGUUCUUGAAUCUCCAGAGAAGCCAUCUGAAUAUCAAAUUAGGUCUCAAAAUACUAGCAACAGCAGGGAGGGCAGUGCAGAGAGGGAGUCGAUACACAUGACUCCACAAAGGAAACUAAUCAAACCGCUGAGCAGCCGACCUAAUAAAGGCCCUUCAAUGCCCCCCAUGAACGAUUCUGCUGCUUCCAGGUCGAGUGGGUCAAAGAUUCCCGGGCGAAACAAGCCUUUAACCUCUCCAUUGAGAUUGUUUAAGGGCUCUUCCACUGACACAAGUAUCUCAGGACCCUCAGGUCAGGAGAAAUCUCCCUCUUCUCCUGCGGUUAAAUUGUCAAGGUUUAUCAAGACACAAGGAACCUGCUCACAGAGCCCAAAGGCAGUGAACUCCAAGCUCCAAGGCAGGGCCGAAUUGAGUAAGGGCCCCUCCUCCUCCAGUUCCCCUCACCUCUCAAGGAGGCACCUGGAUUAUCUUGACAAUGGUGAGCAGCCCACCAGAGACCAACACUGUGAAACCAGCAAAAAUAAACUCAGGUCCCCUUCUCCUCCCCCGCCCCCGGGCCGCACCACCUCCUUACUGGUCAGACCAAAUUAUGAAGGGUCGCCUCAAGCACAAAAGACAUGGCUGGCUCAAACAACCACUGUGAGGGGCCCUCCCCCAAGUUACCACACCUCAAUUCUACCAAAUAUGCAAUCGACGCUACCCAUCAAGGAUAAAGACUGUUUAGACUUGGAUGCAGGCUACGGGACUGCACUUGCACCUCAGAAACUGGUCGAGAAAACCAGUCUGCACCUUCAAAAGUCCCCCGCCACCACUCAGACGCCUACUAAAGGCACUUCUAAGAGGAUGACCGCGAAAGACUACAUCCCUCCUGCAAACUCAGGGUUUGAUCCAGAAACUGAAAAUGCACCUAAAAGCUCAAAGAAUGUCCCUCCCCCUUACAGUGCCCUCAGAGGGUCCUCACUUCAGAACUCCUUUGCAAAUAAAAGAUUAUCAACCCAUGAAGGUGUCCAUCAGACAGUGCAGAAGACGUCUAUUAGUUUACCCCUAUCGCUUCAGGACACAUCCCAAGCUAAAACAGAACCCCAAAAUGGCAAAGCUAUUGUCAGCCCCCCCAGUUCGGCCAUGCUUUCCCCCAGCACGCCAGAAAAAGCCUCAAAGACUCGCAUCCCGAUGGGUUUUAAAGCAUUCAUAAAAUCUCCCCCUAGCCAUAAAAAUAGUCCCUCGAUACCAGGCAAGCAAGCAAAAGAUCAUAUCAACUCAGUCUCCAAGGAAACUGUGACUUCAAAUGCCUCUACCCAGUGUGACAGCUCGCAGCCAGUGUACAGCAUUGAUUCCCCCCCCAAGAUGUCCAUUACAGAAGUGAAAGGUGAGGUCCAGUGUAGAUUACUGGAGGACGAUGCUCAUGCUGUGUUACCAGAGGAGGGAGAGCUUUGUGAGAAAGGGAAAAGGAGUAGUCAACUUUUCUCCAGAUCCAUAUCUAUCUCUACAAAGCCUCAUUUAAAGCCGGCAUUGGGGAUGAAUGGGGCCAAAGCCCGGAGCCAGAGCUUUAGCACCAACUACAUUGAGAAACCCAACAUCAAUGUUGUAGAUGGGCCAGGAAAAACCAGAACUCAGAUAAUCACCAACUCUGGGGAAAGGGGGAACUCUUUGUCGCGGCAGAGUUCCUUGGAGGUACCGGAGAGCCCUGUCCACUCCCCAAGAUCCAGGCUCAGCCACUACGGAGGCAUGACGUCGUCAAAUAGUCAGAGCGUCCUUCCUGAGAAAACUUCCAAAUCAGAUGACGGGUCACAGGUGGAGGCGAUCACUUCACCUUCUCAAAAAGAGACACGUAGCUUACCCAUCAGUGAAAGGGUUGGUUUAAACAUCCGCAAGCCAGCGAAAGUUCAUCCACAGCCUCCAAUAGCAACUUCCCCUGAUGACCCGGACUUUAGCAGAGAUGUCAAAACUCAGACAGACUCUCCAGAUACGGAGGAGAAAAUCAGCCCAACAGCCUGUACGAUCGAAGAGAAGGUCAUGAUGGGAAUCGAGGAGAACCUGCAGAAAUGUCAAGAACAGGAGAAGGUCACUGCCAGCGAGACCAAACAGAAGACGGGCCCUUCUCUGGCAAACUGGUUCGGCCUCCGUAAGAGCAAACUACCCGCUCUGAGUGGGAAGAAAGCGGACUCCCCCAAGGGUAAGGAAGAGAAGAAGGAGUCGAAGAUCGGAUCGGUGCUCGGAGGCAAACAGAAGAAGGAUAAGAAGAAAAACGAUAACCAGCAGAGAGACUGUCAGGAGGGGGAGAACCAGUCUGAUGUGAACAACAAGCUGAGCUCCAUCAUGGACCACUGCAACAACCAGAUGGGUCAGAUCGCCUCUCAGAUCCAGUGCACCACCGCGUUCAUCGGCAAAGACCAGUUCGUGAAGGAGCUUCUCGGCAGGGCUGCUGUGAAGGGCAGCUGUGAGGCCGCAUCGCCGCCUGGGAUCUCCACCCCCAAGAAAUACAGCGAAAUGAAGGGAGAUAUGGAGAUCUGUCCAGAUACUGCUACCCUUAUAAUGACUCAGAAGAUCAAUCUGAGGGCUGGAAAUGAAGAGGGACGUAUUCCAGACACAGCUUGUCAAGACCACAUGCUAGGCUCCAGCUGUCAGAUGAGGACCCUGGACAGCGGGAUCGGUACCUUCCCCCUCCCCAAAUCUGAAUCCAGCCCCGGAGCGAUGACCUCCGGCUCCUCUGACCUGGAUCUGGACCCUCCCUCUCCUCACCCAGACCCCUCACAUCCUGAAGUGCCUUCCCUCCCAAACCCCCGCCUGCAUGCCCCCACCAGCAUGGGUCACUCCCUGUCCGAGCCCAGAGUGACCAUCGCAGCAGACCCCCAGAGCCGCCUACCCAAAUUAGCAUCUUCAGAUGCAAUAAGGGAAAAGAGGUUGAGUCUCUGUGCUCCCCUGAGUAACAUCUCCACCGAGGACAAAGAGAAGGAAACGGAGAGAAAGAUGAAGGCCAAGGACCAUGACAUGGCUGCUGAGAGAGCCCUUCAGGUGUGCACGUACUCGGGGAGCAGCAGCGACACGGAGACUGAACCGGAGGAAACGGGAAGACCCCCGCAGAGGACCCUGAUCCUCAGAUCCAAGAACAGUGACGCAGUGGACCAGAAUGAGGAGACCCUGAAGAGGAGCAGUGUGGAGAAACCCUUAUCCAUCAUGGACUUCUACCAACAUGACAUGUAUUCACACCUGGAGAAGGACACACGGAGGAUUUCCCAGUACGCCUUGCUGCACAAGGAGUCCUCCCUGGAAGCCGGAGACAGACUAAGUAAAGACAUUUCCAUGGAGAAAAUGUCCGUCGGUACGCAGCCGGACUCUCUCGAUCUCUCUUUGGAGUCCCUGAACAAACUGAACGGCAGCUUAGGCCUCCGCAGGGGGGGCUGCCAGGCCGACGGGGGGAAGAGCGGGGGGGACGGUAGCAAGCUGGAAGAGCCCUCCUCUUCCAGCUUCUCCAGUAGGCCGGGGGGGGAUCCAGUGGGCUCCCUCAGCGACUCGCUCUACGACAGCUUCUCCUCCUGCACCAGCCAGGGCUCCAACGAGGUGUAGGGCCCCCCAGGAGGAAGAUUAUUCUCAUCGAGGCCCCUCCUCUAACACCUAGGUCACUUCUGAGUGGUAGAUAUUGUGGGAAACUGAAAAAUCUCACUCGUCACCAGUUUCAAAAUCAGGAUACAUGUAUUUAUUAUCCUCUCAAGAAUGGAAGUACUCAUCACAUACAGAGCAUUUUUUACAACUAGAACAGUGUCCUUCAAAUGCUUAUAUACAAGAGAGGGAGUUAAAAAGUCCCAAGAUGGAGGGUUCAAAGCAGAUGUUUUGUUUUGAUUAGCUAAGACCCACGUCAAAAAGGAUCAUACUUGUCAUAUGUUGGGCCUUUCUUAUCAUGUGCUACUCUGAUAUUGGAAGAGUUCAUUCCCAACAGAAACCUUUAGGCAGCCAUUUUGAUUUGGCUUCACCUUUUUGGAUCGGGUCUUCAAGUUUGACUUAUUCAUGGUGAAGGACUUCAGCCCUGUCCUCUCCACAACACAAAGCACUUGAUGAACUUCUAAGCAAACACCAAACCAGGGCUUUAAAUACGUGGUGGACUGGAGAGCAAUACAAAACGUUGUGUCAUCGCAAUGUGUUUUCUUCUCAUCAUUGCACUGUAACAAAUACUGUACAGAGUUAGUAAGGAGAGACAGUUGCUGUGAUUGCAUUCCUGUUUGCUAGGGAACUACAUUCAAACCUUUUUAUUUGUUGCUGCUAAAUGUGGAAUCACAAACGAUAACCUUGGUUUCUUUUUCUUCCGUGAUGCAAUACUUUUUACAAAUCACAACAGACUUUCAUUUUUAUUUUUAAAGGUAAAAACCCGUUGCCAAUGUUGUCUUUGCGUGUUAUUUUGAGCAUCAAAUGACAUGGACAUCUUCAGUUUUAGCAGCAGUAUGUAAUCGUGUUAACUUAAGCAAAAAGCAUAUUAUGUUUUCCUUGUGGCAUAUUUCCAAAAAGAGAAGAUGUUUCAAUGUGUGCCCAGGUAAAGCAAAGAGUCAUUGUGGGUAGCUCAGGGAAAAUACAGACUCGUGUAGAUUGUAAGAAACUACAAAACCACUCGGUAAUAUUCUGCUUUUUUAGAUGUUAGAAUCCACACCGCUUAGUUUCUACACCUGAACUCGCCAAACCUCAGUUUUCCUUUCACAGCUGUACAUUACGUUGUAUAUAAAAAUGACAUAUAAGUUAAUAUCAGAAUGGGCAUUGCUGAUUGAUAUAUGCAAAUAAGAAAAGAAAAAGAUGUACAUUAUUGCCAAUCAUUCAAGGUUUCUAAGUCUACCGUUUGUAUCUUUUUCUUUAGGGGUUCUUGUUUAAAGCAAAAUCUUUAUUUUGAUCGAUAAGAGCUUAUACUAAAAUAUGUUAUCACUUUAUUUUCAAGACAUAUUUGAACUUUUAGGUGAAGUUAUGCCAAAUUUCUCUCUGGAAUUUGACCAGCUGGUGCUAAUCAACAGAGCCGACUGUGUGUUUCAAUUUUUCUAUGAAACUGUUAAUAUUGUAUGAAGAGACUUGUGUAUUUUUCUAGAUGUCCAGUAUUUAUACCCACAUUUUGUACUGUCAGACUGUAGUGUGAGUAUCAUGCUUCACCUCUCUCCUUAAAUGUUCCUUUGUAAAGAGAAAUGGUUACCAGCAGUGUUACUUUGGUAAUUAUUAUUAAUGUUAUUAUUAUUACUACCGUGUGCAAUUCUGUCUGUUACAGCAGACUUUAAUGCUAUAUUUUAUGUAACUAUUUCCUAAAUAAAUAUGAGAAACUAUUUCAAACUGA